AUGAUCGAUUUUGUUUCGGGAACACCAACUUUCGCUUUAUCAAAAGUCAUCGUAUGGGUGAUACUAGCUGUAUUACUAAGGAUUGUAUCAAAAAUGAUUCAUAACGCGUUAAUUAGCCCGUUAAAAGCAAUACCAGGUCCAAUAAUCUGUUCCGUAUCAGAUUGGUUAAUUGCCAUAAGGAAGCCUCAUGGUCGUGUUUUUGAAUGGUUUUAUCAAAUGCACCGUGAAUACGGUAACGUCGUGAGAGUCGGUCCAAAUCUCGUUUUAUUCUCCAGUAAGGAGGCCGUAAGACAAAUUCUUAUCACCAAUGAAUUACCAAAACCUGACACCAUCUCCGGAAUUCGCACUGACCCGAAUAUUGCCACAAUAUUCUCUGCAACUGACCGACAUUUCCAUAAGCAACGAAGAACUAUGUUAACUCCCACAUUCUCCAUCAAAUUUAUCGCAUCUCUUGAGCCAUUAAUGCAAUCAUGUAUAAAAACGCUUGUCAAGAAAUUGAAUUCCACAAGUAAAUCCGAUCCAUCAAUUCAGAUCAAUAAAAAUGGAUUACCGAUCGUUAAUAUUUAUCAAUUGGUUCAAGCAACGACGUUAGAUAUUAUCGGAGAAACAGCAUUCGGAGGAUCAUUUAAUUUGAUCGAAAAUGGAGAACAUCCACUUCCAGGAAAAGUUUUUCAAGAAUUAAAAAGACGUGUGUUAAAUCAUACCUUUCCUUAUUUGAAACCAUUCUUUAAGAAAGAUUUAUGGACCGAUGAAUUUAUUCAACAAAUCAUCAGAGAUCGUAAGGAGUUGAACGCAAAGGGAACAAAACGGGAAGACAUCUUGCAAACCUUGUUGGAUGCACGUGACACGAAAACGAACGAGGGAUUGUCGGAGUUUGAAAUUCAGGAUCAAACCAUGGAAUUUUUAAUUGCCGGCAGUGACACAGCCUCAUUCACUAUUAAUAUGGCGUUGAUCACGUUACUUCAUCAUCCGGAGAAAUUACGUAACAUUAUGAACGAAUUGGAUUCAGCCUUCCCUGCCGGUUCUCGUCAAUCACCCGAACAUAAAACGCUUAAAAAUCUUAAAUAUCUUAAUGCGGUUAUAAAUGAAACUUUGCGUCUCUUCCCGGUGUCAAUAGGGGGAAUAUUACGUCAGGCACCAAAUGAUAUAAUGAUCGAUGGAUACCUAAUACCAAAGGGUACGACCGUAUCAGCAUCAAUCUACCAAGUGCAUCGAUCCAAAGACAUUUGGGGCGUGGAUGCGGAUCUGUUUGAGCCUGAACGUUGGGUGAAUGGUAAUCCCGUAGAAUUAAAAAAAUAUAUCUUCUCGUUUGGAUCCGGUUCAAGAUACUGUAUCGGAUAUAAUUUUGCCAUGAUGGAAAUGAGAUUAAUACUGGCUUCAUUAUUAUUAAAUUUUGAAUUUGAAAAGGUUGAGAAACAAAAUUUACAAAUCGUACAUUUUAUUACUCCAGCUCUAAUAACCAAAAAAUUUGACGUUGGAGUUAAAGUUAGAUGUUGA